AUGUGGUACUGUGCCAGAGUGGCGCCGUCAUCUAGUGCAAGUGCAGUGAGGUGCAGUGGUGUGUGCGAGCGCGCGUGGGUCGACUCGGCCACGGCGAGCGAGGUGCGCGGAGGUGGCGGCGGCCGCGCGGCCAUGACCGGCGACAUGCCUCUAGGGAGCGCGCACGCGUUCGGGCGCGCGUUGCUCCGGGACGGGGCGCUGCCGCCGCUCGAGCCGGGCCCGCCCGCACCACCGGCCAACAACGCGCAGCCGCCCGACAAGCGGCCACCAGCGGCGGCCGCGAGCCCUGAGCAGGUCAUGAAGCUCUACAUGAGCAAGCUCACCCCCUAUGAACACCGUGAAAUAUUUGAUUACCCCCAAGUGUACUUUAUAGGCGCGAACGCCAAGAAACGUCCCGGAUUGGUCGGGUUUCCGAACAAUUGCGAUUACGACAACGAGCAAGGCUCAUACAUCCACAUACCGCACGAUCACAUAGCAUACAGAUACGAGGUGCUCAAGGUGAUCGGCAAGGGUAGCUUCGGUCAGGUGGUCAAAGCGUACGACCACAAGAAGCGCGAGAACGUCGCACUGAAGAUGGUGCGCAACGAAAAGCGGUUCCACCGCCAGGCGCAGGAGGAGAUCCGUAUACUGGAGCACCUCCGCGAGCAGGACAAAGACAACACGAUGAACGUGAUCCAUAUGUUUGACUCGUUCACGUUCAGGAACCACACAUGUAUCACAUUUGAGUUAUUGUCGAUCAACUUGUACGAGCUGAUAAAGAAGAACAAGUUCCAAGGGUUCUCGUUGCAGCUCGUCCGCAAGUUCUCGCACAGCCUGCUACAGUGCCUGCACGCGCUCAACAAGAACCGGAUCAUACAUUGCGACAUGAAGCCGGAGAACGUGCUGCUCAAACAGCAGGGACGCUCUGGAAUCAAGGUAGGCACCUAA